AUGGCGUCACCGCUUGGCUUGGUGUGGCUGGUGUUAGCCUUCACUUUGGUAUUCAAGCCAGUGGCUGCCAACACCUGUUCGAACCAGGAUUUUUCCUGCUCUCACGGAUUAUGCGUGUCUGAGGACUGUGUGUGUGACUUCACCGACGACUGUGGAGACAGCAGCGAUGAAAACAAUUGUUCAAUGUAUGAGAGGUAUGACUUUGAGGAGGGUUUCUGUGACCUGAUCCAAAGCUCAGAAAUGAGGGCUCAGUGGUCCAGAACAACUGAGGUCGCUGGACUCAAACAUGACCACACAAACAACAAAUCAGCACAUUUUCUGUCCCUGUUACCCGUCAGAGGAAACAAAACCACAGCAGACCUGAAAAGUCCAGUCCUCCCACCCAGCCACACCUGCCAGAUGAGUUUCUAUUAUUAUUUUGGAGCAACUCACGGAGAUCUUCAGGUCCUGGUUCAAACUCAUCCAGCAGGUCGGAGCACAGCAGUGUGGAAACCCUCAACUCGACUACAGAAGGAUACGUGGCUGCGGGAAAUCCUUCGCUUUUCCAGGAAUGACAGUUUUCAGGUGGUGAUUCGAGGAGAACUUUCAGCUGACAGCGAGGCCUCUGAGGUCCUGGCCAUCGAUGACUUAUCCUUCAGCCCCGGCUGCGGGGCUGUGUCUGGGAGGAGGGUGUCCUCUCCUCCUGCCUGCCCUCCCUUGUGGUUCGUGUGCGAUGAUGGGGAGUGUAUCGAGGAGAGCAAAGUGUGUGACUUCACCCCGCAUUGUUCCUCUGGAGAGGAUGAAGCCAGCUGCCCCUCUGAGUGUGACUUUAAGAGUGAUUCUUGUGGCUGGUACGAGCUUACCCUCGGCGAUGGCUUUGACUGGGUCAGGGGCUCAUCGAUGGAGGUACCUCCAGACUACUAUGGUCGCCCACCACCACUGGACCACUCCACGAACAGCACUGAAGGUCACUUCAUGUUUAUAUUCAAGAACAGCAGCAGUCUGUUUCCAAACGCUGCUCUCCGAGGACCGCGGUUCCAGCAAUCGGCUGCUGCCUGCACCAUGACCUUCUGGCAUUAUAAUUCAGGCAUUUCUGUGGGAGCUGCUGACAUGUCACUUCGAAUCGAAGGAGUUGAAAACCGCACUGUCAUAUGGAGAACAUUGUAUGACCAAGGACCCCACUGGAACCAGGUCACCGUACAGCUGGGACGCAUCACCCAGCCUUUCCACAUCUCCCUGGCUAAAAUCAGCCUCGGCGUGUUCGAUGGAGUCGCCGCUCUAGACGAUAUCGCUUUCAAGAACUGCUCUCUGCCUCCGGCGGUGGAUGAGUGCCCACCCCACACACAUUUCCACUGCGUGCACACCAAGGCAUGUGUGGAGCAUCUGCAGCUCUGUGACCUUGUGGACGACUGUGGGGAUGGAUCAGAUGAGGCAGGAUGUUCUCCAGAGCUGCAGUGUGACUUUGAACAUGGGCUGUGUAACUGGAAACAGGAACAGACUGGAGAAGAUGUUUUUGACUGGACCAUCUACCAAGGCCCGACUCCAUCCUUUAACACAGGCCCUUUGAAGGACCACACAUUGGGCACCGUCUAUGGCCACUACCUCUACAUUGAGGCGUCUGCCCCUCGGGAGUUCAAAGACACGGCGGUGUUGCUCAGUCCAGUCUUCAAACCCACCCACCACGAUGGCAAGUCGUACAACCACUGUGCUUUCCGCUUCUAUUACCACAUGUUUGGAAAAUAUGUGUUCUACCUGGCGGUGUACUUGAGGACCACUGCUACAGGCCGUGGCCAGAUGCUGUGGGUGAAAUAUGGAAAUCAAGGAGACUUCUGGCACAGGGAGACUCUUUACCUCAGCAGUGCUCAGCCUUUCCAGAUUUUGAUUCAAGGUACAGUUGGAGAUGAUUUUACUGGAGACAUUGCUAUUGAUGACCUUUCCUUCCUCAACUGUGAGCCUUAUGAAGGAGAGCUCCCCACACUGAAUAAUACAACUCCAGCAGUGACGACUCCAGCCCCCACAGUUCAACCCAAUAUGUGCCAUUAUGGAGAGUUUCCUUGUGGGACAUAUGGGGAGUGCAUUCCCUUCAGUAAAGUGUGCGACUUUAGAUAUGAUUGCUCUGAUGGAUCAGACGAAAUAAGUUGUGUGAAGGAAAGCUGUGAUUUUGAAGGAGGUGACACUUGUGGGUGGAAGAUUGUCAAACCCUCUUUCAUACUAAAUCACUCGUUUCGCUGGUCAUGUGACCAAGGGGAGAGCAAUCAUUUUGGAGAGGAGUACCACCGUCCUACUAAUGACCACACCCUCAACAGCUCCAAGGGGUGGUAUAUGUAUGCAGACAGUUCAAAUGGUGGAUACGGUCAGACCACUGACCUCCAGACUCCUGUCAUCUCCUCCACUGGGCCGCAGUGCACCCUGGUCUUCUGGUACCACAUGAGGGGCUUCACCGUGGGAACACUGAAGGUGCUGCUGAAGCAAACAAACAUCACUCAUGAGGUUUGGACUGAGACUGGUAACCAAGGCAACAAAUGGAGACGAGGAGAAGUGUUUUUGGGGUUAUUGAGUAAUGUCCAGGUGGUAUUCUCUGCUAAACGAGGGAUCAGCUACAUGGGUGACUUGGUAAUAGAUGACGUCGGCUUCGUGGAUUGCUCCCCUCCUCUUCCUUCAGACCAGCCUUGCACACCUGAGCAGUACACCUGUGCAAAUGGCCACUGCAUCCCUCAGGACAACCUGUGUGACUUCAUCAACCACUGCGGGGACAGCUCAGACGAGAACCCCUACAUCUGCCGUGAGGCCUCUUCUAAUGGUUUUAUUGAACGCUGCAGUUUUGAGUUUGACCUCUGUUCCUGGCGCCAGUGCCAAGAGGAUGACUUUGAUUGGAGGAUCAGCAGCAGUCCAACCACUGGAACUAGGCCAUCAACUGACCACACCCUGAGAAACUCCUCGGGACACUACCUCUACUUGGAAAGUUCAUUUCCUCAGGAAGAUGGCAGGACCGCUCGUAUAAUAGGACCCCUACUGAGCCGCAGGAGCUCACAGUGCAAGAUGCGUUUCUACUUCCACAUGUCUGGAGAUGGCAUUGGGACUCUCAGUGUGUUCAGCAAAAGUGAAGGCCAUCUCCAUCUCCUCCUGACCCUGACGGGAGAUCAGGGCAACUACUGGCAGAUGAAGGAGAUCCCGCUGAGCAGCUCCAGGGACUUCCAGGUCAUGUUCGAGGGCAAGGUAGGCCGAAAUCCAAAGGUUGACAUCUGCCUGGAUGACAUUACCUUCUCUCCAGGAUGCCUUCUCGCUUCCUCAGCUACAUCGCCCGAUAACACUCCUUCACCUCCUCCAGGGCAUUUUGUCUAUUUGGAAGCAACACCAGUGGGACUGAAAGGCGAUAAAGCUCAUAUUAGAAGCUCUGUGUGGAAAGAGUCUAGCGCCAUCUGCAAGCUCUCUUUCUGGUACUACAUUUCCCACAAGGCCUCGGGAAGCAUCCGGCUUCUGAUCAAGAUGGAGAAUAAUUUAAAGGAGGUGUGGAAUCAAACGGGACAUCAGGGCAAUAAGUGGAACCGAGCAGAGAUCCCCCUGAGGAAGCUCAGGAACUUUGAAGUCAUAUUUGAGGUGGUGCGCCUAAAGGACGUGAGCGGUGGAGCGGCCUUAGAUGACCUGGAGUACAUAGACUGUGCCCCAACCACUGUGGAGGCCGUUGGUUGUCCUGCGCCCACAGAUUUUGUGUGUCGCAGCGGCCACUGCAUUGAGUCCCACCUGGUGUGCGACGGCAAGGCCGACUGUGCUGAUGAAUCGGACGAAGCUGACUGCGACAAAAUAAUUAGCUCGCCAGGUGCUUGUAGCUUCAACAUGGAGGGAGACCAGUGGAAAGAGAGAUGCCAACUUUCUCAAGACCCUGAUGAUGACUUUGAUUGGAGGAUUGGUUCCAGUACUGAGACAGCAGGGGCUGGACCUAUCACCGACCACAGCCAAGGUGGUGGAGGGAACUUCCUGUAUAUAAACUCAGCCAUUCAGCACGAGGGCGAUGUUGCCAAGGUGACAACCAGGAGUCCGUUUCCUGCCAGCAUCGGCCUGUGUCACCUGCGCUUCUGGUUCUUCAUGCAUGGUUCUGAUAGGAUGGGAACAUUGAAGGUCUUUACUGUUGGACCCAGCGGUACCCGUCUGUUGAUGUGGGCAGCCACUGGAAACCAUGGCAGACAGUGGACAUACGCUAAUGUCAUCGUGUCCAGCACGGUACCCUUCAGAGUGACCUUUGAGGCCCAGGUGGGUGGAGACAUGUGGACAGACAUCGCCCUGGAUGACAUUUCCUACACUGCAGAGUGUAUAGUUGGAGAACCUGUGACUCCUCAGCCACUGACUUGUGGUGUGAACCAGUUUCAGUGUGCAUACUCCUUCCAGUGUAUCCCAGAGAGCUGGUUGUGUGACACGGAGCCCGACUGUGCUGAUAAGUCUGAUGAAGAGCAUUGUCCCACUGUUGUACCCGGAACUCUUCCUCCUCAGGUCCUUUGUCCUCUUGGUUAUUUUCAGUGUUCAGAUCAUAACUGCCUCCCGUCCAUAAUGCGCUGCGAUGGAGUCGUUGACUGUCCCACAGGAGAGGAUGAAUACAGCUGCCCUUGGCUCCAGUGUAAGCUGGGAGAACUGGUGUGUGAAAGUUCGUCUAGCUGUAUCCCAUUUCAGAGCCGUUGUGACCAUUUUGUCGACUGCCUGCCAUUCCACUCAGAUGAAUCCAGCUGCCAUGAAUGUCCUCCGAUGUAUUGCAUGUAUCACGGCUCAUGCCAUGUGAUGACACAGGGGCCUGUUUGCAUCUGUCAGCCGGGAUGGACAGGAAACCGUUGCCAUGUCAGAGAGAAACCAUCCCUCUCCACGUCUUCGCCGAAACCAGAGGACACGCAGAUGGUUCCUGUGUACGUUGGCAUCGGCAUCGGGCUGCUGCUGCUCGUACUCGGAGUCGCUGUGUGUGUUCUGGCUCUGCGCAAGAGAAAGUGCCACUUAAUAAAGCCCAACCUGACGGACUACGGGGUGAUGGAUAACCCAAAUUUUGACUGGAAAGCAGAGGAUGAAAGAGCGGGCGGCUGUCCCAGUGUGAACCCCAGGAGGAGUGAUGGUCACCGGCUUUCCAUCAGUGUCUACCCGUGGAGGAAGGAGGUAGAGGGUCUGAACUGGAAAGAUGCCAAGCUGUCCUUCUCCAACCCCAUGUACCCUUACCCCCCUAAUCAUAAUGAGGCUGACAGCAAAACUUCUGAUGCAUAAAAACAACGGACAUCACAUUUAUUUUUUUUAAAGAUAUUUUUUGGGGUAAAUGCCAACUAAGAGCAUUGCAACAAAACCAUCGAGAUGCAGAAAACAUGGAGACUGAAUUGUGAAUUGUGCGUACACACUCUUGAGGAGUUCGUCUUGACCCACUGCACUCAAGUCCAGAAUGGGGGAGAGGAUGCAAACGGUGACAUGGAUAUAUUUCACGAUACCAGCUUGACUUCAUGUGAUACUUACAUGUUUAAAUAAAGGUUUAA